AAAGUCAGGACUGUUCCCCUGCAGACACGCUGGUACAAGGAGCCCAGAUGAGAGGAAGGCUGACCCUGCGGACUGGUUAGUGAACUGUAGGUGCAUCAAUGGAUUGGUAUUGGCUAUGGACAUGAGGAGAUAAAUAAUGGCUCAAUAUGGGAACACGACAGUGCUCUAUCAAGGCUUUGUUAAUGGCGUCAGCAGCUCUACAACUAAUAGCAGCCUACCCCAUAACAACACCAACCCUGUACUAUGUCCAUGGAAGCCUACCAACUCGUCCAUGGCUGUCGCUAUUCCCAGCUUCUCAAUGACUCUGGGCGCCUUGUCCAACAUCAUCGCCCUCGUCAUCCUCAUCAAAUCCUACGCCCGGUUCCGCAGGCGGUCCAAGGCCACCUUCCUGCUCUUCGCCAGCAGCUUGGUGCUGACCGAUUUUGUCGGGCAUGUCAUCCCUGGCGCGCUGGUCCUGCGGCUCUACUCGGAGAACAUCGUCAGCGCUGGGCCCAUGUGCCAGUUCCUGGGCGGCUCCUUGGUGUUCUUCGGCCUGUGCCCGCUCUUCCUGGGCUGCAUCAUGGCGAUCGAGCGGUGCGUGGGCGUCACCAAGCCCCUGUUCCACUCCGCCGUGGUGACCCCCACCAGGAGUAAGCUGGCCGUGCUCUGCCUUUGGCUGACUGCCGGGUUCGUCGCUUUCCUGCCCUUUCUGAACUUCGGCCGAUAUGGCAUUCAGUGCCCAAGGACCUGGUGUUUCAUCCGCCUGCAAGGCCCUGCCCAACACUGGACAGAGGAUGCCUUUGCCCUGCUCUUCUGUCUCCUGGGAGUGAUGGCCCUGUUAGUCUCACUGGUCUGCAACACUAUCAGUGGAGUGACCCUCAUCCAGGCCAGGAUUAAGAAGCAGAAUUGCAACCGUAGAGCAAAAUCCCACGACAUCGAAAUGGUCAUCCAAUUAAUUGGGAUCAUGAUGGUGUCCUGCAUCUGCUGGAGCCCUCUUCUGGUGACCGUCGGCCUGAACAGCAUCCGGGCUAUCAAGGAGCUGUCCUGGUUGAGCUUCCUCGGCGUGCGGAUGGCAUCCUGGAAUCAGAUCCUGGAUCCCUGGGUGUACAUCCUGCUGCGGAGGGCAGUCCUGAGGAAACUUUACACCAUGCUGGUAAGCAAGACAGACUUCAACAAGAGCAAGUUUGACCGCUGGGAGAUCAGCUCCUUUCAGAGUUCGGAGCGCAGCGUCAUCAACAAAUACUGAACGGGGUCACCUGAUGAAGAUGAUGGGAAACCGAAGACGUUGAUGAUGAGACUCCCCCCACCCCCCCAAGCCACCCUGAGAGGAACAUCAGGCUGCUUCAGCUGGCACUGGAGGAAGCUGAUAUCUUGAGAACAAGACUUUUGCUCUCUCGGGGUCCUCUCGAGUUGCUGUCUGUUAAUGUCCCAGCAGAAAUUUGUUGGUCAUUUUAACCCAUUGGGAUAUGAUUCCAAUCACCAUGCCCUGUGGAUUCAGUCUGAAAAUGGAUCAAACACACCUGGAGUUCCAGAAGAUUAGAUCCAGCGCUAUUCUCAAGAAUGUGCACAAACUGACCAAGGGUGUGGUCAAGCCAUCUCUUCCAACCAACACUGGAGAAUCAACGAGAACAUUGCUUUGGGGUCAAGUGAGAUUUGAGGAGGGCGGGUGUGACCUGGUAACAACAGGCAGGGUGGGCAAAGGUCAUGGGAACGAUGACCCCAAAGAGCCCUCAAUGCGAUGGUCAAGCGAACGUUCGGCUCUACUGGGAGCUCAUGGGUGGAGAGUCCAGAAUUGCUUUGGUGCCUCUUCACUCGGCUGAGAGUGCUGGUUUGUGGUUGGACAGAAGUCCCUCUCUGUGUGAAAAGUUGACUCCUUGGAUUUGUUGGGGCAUUGUGGGGAGGGGAAGGCAGUUUGUUGGCAGCUCCAACACCAUCCUCCCUCUUUCACUUGGGUGGGGGGGAAGGAAUUUCAGGGAAUGUCUGACUUGGGCAGAACUGCCCUGCUCUCUUGGAGUAGGGAAAAGGGGAUGGGCAACUGUGUGGUGGGGUGUUAGAGCACCCAACAGCAGCAAACUAUUACCAAGUGGUUACAAUGCCAGGGAGAGUCCUUCCUGUCUGCUUGUGUGCCUGUCAUCGGUGUUUGAUGUUGCAGUUGUGUGACCAAAGCUUUCCCUUAUCCUGCCUGCAUGCCUGGAGACUGUCAGAUCAACGGCUGGCUGCUGUAGAAAUCUCCACCAUUAGAAGAUCUGGAACCACCCUCUCGUGCUGUGGUGUGAGUCACACUGACUGCCUGCAUGACACUGAUGCGCUGACCAAGCCAAUCUCCUUUUCAUUGUUUGGGAGUUUACUGUGGUUGCUUGAAGUCUGUAUUUUGUCAGAAUGCUGCCUUUUCAUUGUUGGUAGUUCCUGAGCUUUGCUGCCCCCUGGAGGGGCAUCUCUGGCUUCUCGUUUGGAUGGUCAUAGAAAAGAGGCAUUCCUGUGACAUUUUUUUCAUUCCAACCUCCCCAUCUCUCUGGUAGAGGGCCCAGUCCCUAUCUCCCUUCCCCCUAACCUUAUCCCAGUCCCCACUUCCUUUCCCCUACUCCCCCCACCUUAUCCCAGUCCCAACCUCCCAACUCUGCAACGCCCUCUUGACCUGUCCACCUUCCUUCCCACAUAUCUGCUCUGACCCUAUCAUCAUCAUCACCACCCCCCCACCUCCCUUUGUCUAUCCCAUUUCCAGCUACCUUCUUCCCCCAGCCUCAACCCACCCUCCCAUCUAUCCCUCAGCCCCCAGGGCCCAGAAUCCUCAUUCCUGAUGAAGGGCUUAUGCCUGAAAUGUUGACUCCCCUGCUCCUCGGAUGCUGCCCGACCGGCCGUGCUCUUCCAACGCCCACUCUCUGACCCUGUUUCUUUUUGAGUUGUACUAAACGUACCCCGGAGCAAAAGGUCCCCAAACGGGCUGAGUCUGGGCUGGUCUGAAACCAUCAAUGGGACACUAUUCCUGCAAAACCCCAUUCAGUAGUAACCUCUUCACGCAGAGCAUGGGGAGAAGAGGGGUCUGGGAAGGGGUUAAGCUGUAUAUACUCCAUUCAAAGUCAACAUAGUGCCUCAGUAGCAAGAGAGAGAGAGGUGGACAACUGGUGGUGAGCAGAGGAGUCACCCCCCCCCCUCCCCAGGUGGAUUUGAGAGAGAGAGUUUCUCUCAUGGGGGGGGGGGAGAUCUCCACCCAAGGCAGGAAUCGAACCUACCCCUGUUGGUAUCACGAGCCGGCUGUCCAGCCAACUGAGCUAUGGGGAAGCUGGUGCGAGGGUGAAGGAGGAAUGUCAAACGCCGAGAGCAGACUGGCUAAACCGCCUCGUUCUGGGCUUUGCGCUGUCGAUACAAAUGCACAAGCCUCACCCGGGACCCCCUGUGCCUCUGGUAGUGAAAGAGUUCACUCUGCAAGGACCUUUUGACGGUUAACAGUACCAUCCCUUCCCGGUAGGUUGCAGUCAUCCUGACCUGCAGUCACCUCCCAGAAGGCUCAGCAGCUCCAGGUGGACGCUCGGUGUGUGCUGCUGACGAAGAGUGGUCUUCAGGUGGGACACACCCACACCAUCCUAUGGCUCUAGUUCCAAAAGGAACAGGUGUCCUGUCCAAUAUUCCCAGCCAGCAUUCAUCACAUCAGUGCUUGUGGGAUCUGGCUCAGGCCAUUCAGCCCACACCAACCCUCCGUGUUAACCCUGCAUUUUCCCCAUGACUAAUCCACCUAGCCUACACACCCCUGGGGUAAUUUUAGUCCAGCCAAUCCACCCGAACCUGCACAUCUCUGGACUGUGGGAGGAAGCCCCGUACAGACGUGGGGAGAAUGUGCAAACUCCACACAGUCACCCGAGGCUGGAAUUGAACCGGGGUCCCUGGCGGUGUGAGCCGUGCACAGAGGGCCAUGAAAAGGGGCUACCAAACCCUUCCUUCCCUCCCUUUCCCAAGAUGACACUGACUUUGCGAAAUGGAGGAACCGGUAGAGGCAGGUAUAAUCUUUCGGGACGGAGGCUAGGUAUAAUCCAAAAUAAUAUCACUAAAAGUAAAUGCACUGACCACUUUCUAGAACAAUCCAGAACUCAUAGCCUUGCCUAGCAAUCGCACAGUCUGAAGGGGUUCGGUCUUAAGCUACAAUAACUGUUGGCAAUAGACUCCUUGAUUAAUUGCACUUUACUUUUUUAGUGGCACUUCAGUGAAUGAUCGUUUUAUUAUUUGCUGAGAUCUCCGUACUGUUUAUUUUUGUGGCAAUCUUCAGGAAUGCAGAGAAUAGCUCAGCUGAGAGAAUUUUAAAAGUAUGAAUAUUAAAUGAUUGUAUUUAAGAAUUAUUGUAACUUUUGAACCAUGUAUUUUUGUAUUGUGGUCUUUACAGUCAGUGUUUUUUGAUGUGAUUGAAUUAAAAAUUGAUGUUCG